AUGCCAUCCAAGACGAAGAAGAGUGGACUCAAGAAGAAAGGUGGCGAUGCUGCAUCGAAGCCCACGACGAAAGAGGUCAAACCAGAUGCAGGGGCGAAAGCGAUGAAGAAGGCAACGCAGAGCGAGGAGCCUGCGGAGAAGAAGGAGCCAGCCCCAAAGUCCAAGACUCAGGCCAAGCUGGCAGGCAAGACCAAAUCCGCAUCGAAGCUCGCGCACAAACUCGCUAAGGUAUCCGAAAAAGGAGGCGAAGGCCCACCAGAGGAGGAGAAGAAGACGGGGAAGGAGGAGCCGAAGGUGAUGAAGAAGGAGAAGAAGAGCGAAAAGCGCAAGGCUCAUUCAAAGGCCAUCAGAGAGCUAUGUGAAAAUGCAAGCGUGUCCCCAGAGGCAAAGGAGAAGCUCAGGCAGGAGGCCAUCCAGGUGAUCAAGGCCGGGCUGCCAUCUGACCAGCGCCCGUUCGUGCCUGACAAGUGGGCUCUCAAGUUCAAGCCUGCGCUGGGCAGCUACAGAAAGUUCCUUCUCUCUUUGCCGGAGAUAUUCGAGGUCGACGGUGACCAGGACAAGUACCAUUUGAGGUUAAAGGGCAGGCCCGAGGCAGCCCCUGGCAGCACCAAGAAGGGUGCAAAGGACGGCCCCAAGGCGACACCGGCGGCGCCGCGGAAGACGUCGCCGCCGUCGGCGGCGACGACGAAGGCAGUGGUGAAGAAGAUCGUGAAGAAAAAGGGCGGCAAGAAGUGA